AUGCGUGUGCAUCCUUCUCGGUUAGUUCGACUAUCUUUAAUCUCCCUACUAUUCCUACUAUGUAUCGCUAUUAUAUAUAAUAAAUAUUUGGAUAAAGCGCUAUCUGGACCUCAUUCUAUAAGCCAACUUAUCCGGAAUCAAGAUUUUGCAAGUGUACACAAUGUAAAGCCAUUUAAAAUAGACUGGGAAAACUACUCGCUUACUGCACUUGAAGGUUCGAGAGUGGGACCUGGAGAGAACGGCAUGGCUUUCGAACUAUCCCCUCUCGAUAGAGAACUAUCCAAAAAAACUAUAAAUGAGAACGGUUUUAGUGCGUAUGUUAGUGGGAAAAUCAAAACAGAUAGAUCUAUUAUAGAUAUCCGCCAUCCACGUUGUAAAGGAAAACUAUAUUCCAGCAACCUUCCUACUGCUUCAGUGGUUAUCCCUUUUUUUGAAGAGCAUUGGGAGACUCUCCUACGCACAGUUGCAUCUGUUUUGAAUCGAGCUCCUUCAUGA